GUCCGAUGAAUGAUCAAGACAUACGACAGUGGCUGGCUGGCUGAUGCAUCCAUCCAUGCAUCGAUCACAUGACGAUGAUGAACAUGACCAUAAAGCAAAAGACCACCGCACCAAUCACCAGCAGCAGCAUCGCCAUCAGGAAACUCAUGUCGCCCGACCUGAUGACAUGAUCAUCGCACCCACACACACACAUCUGUGAUGCCAUGAUGCAUUUCGUCGGCUGGCUUGCAGCCGGCGCACCUUCUGAGCUUCCUUGCGCGUUUGUUCUCGCUCUGCACUCUGUCCAGAUGACGUUGUUGUGUCGCUGCGGUGUCACGAAGACGCUGCACGCACGCAUCCAAACAAGAGGGUAGAGUACUCAUCAUCCGGCCGAAGCAGACUUCUCCCGAUCUGUGUGUCUGGUCUGACCAGGUUGUCUUUCUGCAGCACUUGCCGAUACCGGUGGGCUGCACCCUUCAUCUCCUGCACACAGCCACCCACCCACCCACACACGCAUGAGGUUUCCCUGCCCCUUUCCGCCAUUCUCUCACCUCUGCCAGCCCGACGAGUUCGUCCUUCAUCUGCUCCGUGUCGCCCUCUCCCUCCCGGCUCACUCGACCCAUCCCCAGCCCACCGCCCUCAUCGCGCCGCCGCCGCAAUCUGAUCGACGUUGACGAUGAGGCAUGGUCGUCUUGCGGUGGCGGGCGAAAGGGGGACGGGGGGCCAGGGGGCAUCGCUGACGUGGCGCCUGCUGAUGCAGCAGGGUGGGAUCUGCAGCCAGUGGAGGGAGCCGGGCCGGAAGUGGUACAUUCGUGCAGCAACGCGGGUCUGUUUGUCUAUGCUCGCUUACGUGUGUGCUGGUGUCGGCUCUGCUGCUGCUGCUGCUGCCGGUGGUGGCGAUGGUGUGGUUGCCAUGCCAUCGAGUGGUGGCUGAGGUUGUGGUGGGGAGGAGGCGGUGGUGCCGAGGCUGUGUGCCUGUGCACGCUGGAUGGUCUCCUCGAGGAUGGUGGGGUCGACCGCCGCUGGCAGGGCGUGGGACUGGUGCAGACUGCUUGUCGUCAGAAACGUCUGUGGGCACGAUAGGGCUUAAGGAAAACGAUGCAUCCACUGUCUGUCUGUCUGUGCCUCCCCUUUCUGUCUGCUGUACCUGUUUGAGCAGCUGCUGCACGGUGGCCACGCGGCCCCUGUACUCAUUGACGAUGCCCUCAGUCAGCUCACCGGGAUACUCCUCACCUACAGGCAGGACCACCACCCAAACGCACCGACCAGUCGCUGCGUGAGUGUCAUUCAUUCGUGCCAGAAGGACCCACCUGCGAGCGCAUUGCGCUCCAGCGCCUGCAGCAUCUCAUUCAGCUUGUCAACAUACUGCAACAAAGGCAGCAAACCAAACAGCACACAGAGCCAAAGCCAUACGUCAAGAAAAUCAGAGUAUCCAUCUAUGUUUCUCGCUUACCGCUUUGGCCUUGUUGAUGAGUAUCUCCCUCUCCUCCUCCUCCUCCUCGGCGUUGUUGUCGUCAACGCCGCCGUGGCUGGGGGCAAGCGUGUCCUCCGCCUCGGGGUCGCAGAGCGCCUCCACACACCGCAGGAACGAGUCAAACUCCCACAGCGGCUCCUGCAUCACCAUCCUUCCUCCUCCUUUCUUCUU